AUGACGCCGCCGCAGUUAUCAACACAGUGGGCGCCUCUGCGCUUCCCGCUGCUGCCCGGGACCAGCGCGUCGAUCACAACAAGCGCGCAUGUCCCUAAAUAUCUCCACCCUGAGCCCCGCUGUGGAGCAUGCGGCAGUCAGAUCCGCGAGCAAGAGCGGGCCGUUGCGUUGAUCGGUGACGCCGAGAAGGCGCAGUAUCGAGGAUGCUCGCGUCCAUUCGACUUCCCCAUGGAGGAGUCGCGUCUAGAGCACAUUCGUCUGCAUCAAGUCUUUUGCCACGACAACGUCGUAGCCGUCCACAACGACUGUUUCGUGAUCUUUCAACGACAUGUGGCAGGCGAUGUCGUCGAAGCACUCGCGCGGCUCUGGCUUAUCGCGAGCUGGGCGCGCCCGUGGCUCGGGGGCUACUAUCCUUCCCUGCGAACGCGAUAUAUCGCACCCGAGGAUGUGUUACACUAUGUUGCCCAGGUGGUUGGCAUGCCUGCGUUAAGGCGAUGCCCGAUUGAUGUUCUAGAGAUGAUACGGCAGCAUGAUCCGACGUGCAUAUUCUGGAGGGCGAUAUCAACCAUUACGAUGGCACGAAGAUGCUCCGUUGAACCGGUUUUACCACCAGCAGCAUUACCACUUCCUGAAAUUGAGAGCUGGGAAAGGGGAUACCCGCCAAAGUCAUAUCCGAAGGAUGUUGCUGACGCCGACCGACCAAAGCUGGCCUUGUUCACCAUCGAUGCCAACGGAAUUCGGUCGAUCCAGCGGCUACAUGCCAACUAUGUUCCCUGGUCCCAAGAGCGAAGCGACCAUCUGGCAUUCAUCUUUGUCGACGUGACUCAGUCUCCCGCAGUGACAGUUUGUCAGGUAGAUGGGAUGCUGCGAAUAACUCCGCGACAAACCUUUCGCUACUUUCCCCUCUGGGACACGCCGUCGCCGCCCACGUUGAGCCACAGCGACUGGACGCUCGUCCAAGACUUCGACAAGCCGAUGACACGGAUACGGUCUCUCGACUUGAGGUUUAUUACCGGGCUUACCUUCUUCUUUUGGCGGGGUAUCUUGGUCGCCCUCCACGCUCAUACUCCGCGGCAACCGACAGCAAUACCAACGUUUGAGCGCCUAGCCCCCGGCUAUCAAUUAAAAUCUGUCUGGAUAUACGUGCCCGUAUCUGAUCAGGACAAGCUGGAGGUGUUUGGCUUCCGGUCCUCAGUCGCACCGACUGGUGCAGACGAGCUCUCUGACGAGCUGCUAGCGGUUCUCAUCCGCAAGCGUCUCUCAGGCGACCUUAUCCUCGACGUGGGAAAGACUGCCAAGAAAGUCAAGACUUACGACCGCUGCCGCGUCAACCCGACCGCCCUCAUCUAUGGUGAGCCCGCCGACGGCGCCAGUGUCGCCUUCAUAGGCGUCUACUCUGACACCCCCAACUCCGACGACCCGACCACUCUCUAUCCUCCCACCUCAACCAACCCAUCCUCCUUAGCCUCAUCAACAUCCACCCGCUUACCCUCCGGCACACCCAUCCGUUCCUCCCGAUCAGGCCGACACCCCUGGGGCUUUCGCCGCAACCCGAGCUUGCCAGGCCGCAUCAGCGAAUUCCAUCAUUUCAGCCGCGCCCCGCUAACAAACAUUGCUUCGGUCGAAAUUUACUACGCUUCUCUGUCCAGCUCGCCACCUCCCACGUCGCCCGGCACACCGACCCCAUCGACGCCCUUACUGGGCGGGUCCUUCAGCUUCCCCUUCCAGUUACCCAUGCGCGCUCAAUACCCCGGUCUUUUCAAGGGCGCUAUAUUCCGGUAUAACGACGGAGCAAUCCGAUGUAUCGGACAAGUCAAGGUAGGCGUGGACCCGAGCCGGGUGUUCGUCAAGCCAACAUGGGGCGUCACGGAUGGAGUAUAUCUGCAUUUCGUCACGGAAGAGGAUGAGAUCGACCCCGCGAUUGCAAAAGAAGUCCAGGAACGGGUUUCAGAGGGCGGUCAUGGGGAUUUCCCUGCGCCAGCGCAGGGAGGAGGGGCAACAGGGCAGGGAAUCGGAACGGAGCCUGGGCCGGGGAUAGUGUUGGGGCCGAUACCAGGGACUGCUGCGUCUGGUGGAGGGGAUGGGGGAGAAGGGGGGAUGGCGGUUGAUGCGGGGCAGGCAGGAGGAGGCGGUCAGCAGGCACUGGGUGAGGGGGAUAGCCAACCGGCUGCUGGGAAUAGCAAUGCGAACGGGAGUGGUAAUGGCCCUGGGAGGACAAGAAGACGGUGGGAUAGGCUGCCGCCGGGUGACAUCUUCCCCUUGGUAGGGGAUAUUCUGUUUGGAUUUGAUACCAGGAGUGCAGGAUGGUUUGAGAUUCUUAUGCCAAGGUCUUAG